AUGAAGACCACUCCAAAGAAAAAGGAGAUGUCCCUACGCCUGCGAGAGUCGCGCAGGGAGGAGCAGAAGACGGAGCGAAGCCAUCAACCGCUGGACGACGAUGCGGAGUCGGAUUUGCCUAUUCGGGGUCGACCCUCUAAGAAGCUCCUGCUCCAGCAACAGCAGCAGCGCCAUUACCAGGUAAAGCCGGAUCCGGAGAUCAGGGCAGUCACUAUGGGAGCGACCGCGAAGCCUUCAACUUCCGCAGAUGCAAUAGUUGACGGAGGAAGUGGAGGGCGCAUCAAGGCUAGGCGAAUGCUCUACAAGAAGAGCGUUAGCGGUAUUGGAUCAACUCAAAAGGCUCCCGGCGAGUCCUAUGUGAUGCGCCUGUUCGAGCGUAGUUUAGAUCUCUCGAAAUACCAAGAUGGCACUCCAUUGUAUCCCAUUUGCCGUGCCUGGAUGGCAAAUCAGCCAAGAAAUCCCGCCGUGGCCGCCUUUCAAACAGAGGGGACUGUUCCUGGUACCAAACGCGAAGACAAUGGCAAAGAGAUCAUUUCUAAAUUAAAAAGCGGUGAGAUGAAGACGCUCACACACCUGCCGCAGCCAAAGCCCACGGAUUUGCCUGUCAUCCCGCCACGUUUGGAGUUUAGUCAGGAAGAAAAGAAACGGGAAAAGGCUCUAGAGGGUGCCAGUGCUUUCGAUCUGCUUGCCUCCAAUGUGACUCGUUGGAAGAAGGUGCGCGGACAUUGGUUAAGACAUGCCUAUAAAUACGACAAGGAGCGCUAUGAAGAUAUUGAUCAGAUUAUGGACCUGUUGUGCAAGAACAAAUGAUGCACGAAAAGGAAUCUGAAAAGGGAACGGAAAACGAACAAUGCUGAUUAUUAAAAGAGGCAUAUUAUAAUGAUCAUACCCGAUUCUGUUACCAUUAACUUGAAUAAAUCCUUAUUUGUAUGCAUA